AACAACCAACAACUAAUUCAAACAAUUUUAUCAAACACUUAAAAUUCAUUUUUCGAAAUUAACCGGUGAAAUGAAGAGAAAUUGGGAUGACGAUCGAGAAAUUGAGAACUUAGCCAUGGCCAACUGCAUGAUGCUCCUGAACCGCGUCGGCCGAUCAGAUUCCGGUAGGAUUUUCCAUUGCAAGACAUGCAACAAACAGUUCUCGUCGUUUCAAGCGCUCGGCGGCCACCGUACAAGCCACAGACGGCCUAAAUUAAACGAUGAAUCUCCGGCAAAGGCUAAGACACAUGAAUGUUCCAUUUGCGGAUUGGAGUUUGAGCUUGGGCAGGCGUUGGGUGGUCACAUGCGGAAGCACCGUGACAGUCUGGCGGCGGCGGAGAAGAUUUUUCCGAGGAAAAUGGCGAUGCCGGUGGUGGAGGAGGUUGACGGCGGCGGAAGAGGGUUGUGUUUGGAUUUGAAUUUGACACCCUUUCAGAACGAAAUCAAGAUCUGGAGUCGUAAUGGUAGAACGGCGGGAAUUGCUACUUAGAACGCGGCAUUUUUUUAUUUUAUUUUUUACUUUUUAGUUAAUGUUUAAGGUUGUGAUUUUUGGGUAUGAGGAUAGUGUAAAUAUGCAGAAUCAAAGAAAAACACACGUAUAUUAAUCGUUUUUUCUAUAUUUUAUAAAGUAUGUAUUUAUUAUAUUGGAUCAUAAUUCAAAGGAUUUGAAUUCAAACUAGAAAUGUUUGAUAUGUACGCC